AGCGAGGAGGAGGAGAAGCUGGAUCUCUCUUCAGCCAGGAGGCUGACAGAUGAGGAGCUGAUGCGAGCAUGCGGGGGCUGCACAGCACACAAGGGUGCCCGUCACGGCCUGACCAUGAGAGCCAAGCUGGCACGCCUGGAGGAGCAGGAGCGAGCCUUCCUGGCCACAUACCGACACAAGGAGCGGCAGCAGAAGAAGAAGCAGGAAAAGAAGGAGGAGGAAGACAAAGAAGAGCCAGUUAACACAGAGGAGGAGAAGGAGAAG